UACCCUGACCACUGGCAUUUUGAGGUCCUCUCGACACUUGAGAAACAACAAAAAAUGCAUCUCCAUAUUUGGGCUACUACUACCUUGCUUUUCCUGAUUGGAUCCGCUUUUUCAAAUUCCGUCGUCGACACUGCCGGAGAAAAUGAGGCUUCAAACCUGAGAAUCAUUGGUGGAAUCACCGCUCAAACUGGUCAAUAUCCAUUUAUGGCAAGCGUACUGUCCCCAAGAAGUGCUUGCGCUGGGACUUUAAUUGCCCCUUCCUAUGUCUUGACAGCGGCCCACUGCGUUUCUCUACCUUCCAGCGGGAACAUGAUGGAGAUGUUAAAUUCAAAGGUGUUUCUGAAUACGUUGUUUGUAGCUGGUAAGGCGGGAACAAACUCUGUCACUAAUUACAUUUCGAAAAUCAUCGUCCAUGAAAACUACUCCGUCAACGGUACCGGUUACGUGAAUGACAUCGCCAUCAUAGUUUUAGAGUUUCCCGUAACAAAAGUUACACCAGUCCGAAUUGCAGAAGAAACAACAACGACGCAAACUAAAACAACUACAGAGCCAACAACGAUGACAACCACUGAGCCAACAACGAAAACCACUACGAAAACCACUACGAAGCCAACAACGAUGACAACCACUGAGCCAACAACGAAAACCACUACGAAGCCAACAACGAUGACAACCACUAAGCCAACAACAAAAACCACUACGAAAACCACUACGAAACCAACGACAAAAACAACAACAAAACCGACUACUAGAACAACGAAGCCAACCGCUAAAACAACUAAAAAACCGGCCCUAAUAAGAAAUAGUUACGAGAACUCGAAUGCCAUAAUCGCUGGAUGGGGACUAACAUCUAACGGAGGGUAUAGCUCCGAAAUGCUGAAGGCUAUCAACGUCAAAAUUUUCACUAACCAAGACUGUGGCCAAAAAUGGGGCAACUUAUUCGACGCUAAUACGAUGAUGUGUGCCGCCGGAUCAACCGGCUCCAUCUGUGUGGAUGACGAAGGUGGCCCGAUUAUUGUUAGCGGAUUUCAAGUUGGUAUCGCCAGCUUCUUUUCCAAGAGUAAUCAAUGUAAUGAUCCCAAAGCUCCGGCCGUGUUUACCCGAGUCUCCGCUUACGCCAGCUGGAUCGCGAAAACUAUGGCUAAAAAUCCCCCUCCAAUUCCAUCGAUCUAAGAAAAAAAAAAAAAAAAAAAAAAAAAAGUUUUUCUACCUAUUAAUUAUCAUCAAAUAAUUACAUAUUCCGCUUUUGGGGUUGCUUCUGUGUGUUGCGUGAAAAUUGUGCACAAUAAUGUGCAUGUAAAGUGCACUUCAAAUACAUUAUUAGGUUGCAGGUAAUAAAGACAUGAAAUCUGA